AAGAUCCAUAUCAGAUCCCCAAAAUGUUAUCUGAUCCGGCCAGUAGCAUUGUGGUUCCACGUUAUCACUCACCCCCGGACCGUAAUUGGCCCGAUAGAGCACCUCCACCACUCAACGAACAUCGUUUGGGCUCCACGUUGACCAGCGCGUUUUGUGCGGGAAGGGAAAAAUGUGUUUCGCAUGAUUUCUGUGCCCGGCCCCAUCCGUUAUUGUUAGAGGAUAUAUUAGUGUUGUAUCCUUCGUGCGGGUCUUGCCCUUUUCUCCCUUUCUCCCUUCUUCUUCUUAUAUCGAUAUUAUCUCCCCCACCCUUCUUUACAAGGUACUCAACCGUUUACCCUUUGAUUAUAUUCAAUUGGAGAGACUGCGCUAUCUCGUUGUCUAGGAGGAAGCGUGGUUUUUACGUUCCGAGAUAGAGAAGGAAGCGACGAAGGGAUCACGCUUUGACGUGACUUAUUCUAGCAAACAUGGGUAUAUGGGAGAAGUUCCAGACUCGCACUGGUACAACGCCAGCUGCAGAUACCGAGGAUGCUGAAGCUCAUAGGCCUAAGAAUGCGGCAGAAGCGUCCGGAAACCAGAUCCUUGCUGUUGAUACAGAUAGCUCCAGACUAAGUCUUGAGGCUCGCAAUGAGAAGGAGGCACAAGAACAUCCCGACCAGGUUACGCGAGAUGCACUUAUCGGUCAACAGAAAGUCGAAGCCGCUGCCCUUGUCUGGAGUAAGAAGGCGGUCCUCCUUACUUACGGCUGGAUUUGGGUGUGUUUUUUCUUAAUGGCAUUUCAAUCUGGACUUAGCAGCACUGUUAUGAUAGCCGCUUAUUCCAACUUCCAAUCCGCCCCCCAGGUCGCUACUGCCAACAUCUUGUAUAGUAUUAUCGGGGGCGUUCUCAAGUUACCUAUUGCUAGAAUACUCAACAUUUGGGGUCGUGCGGAAGGUUUGCUCGUUUUCGUUGGAGUCUAUACUCUGGGCUUGAUUAUCCUUGCUUCCUGUAAUGGACCUGAUUCAUUCGCUGCCGGCAACGUCCUCUUUUGGGUCGGAUAUCAAUCUGUUUAUUAUAUCCUCGACGUUUUCAUCGCCGAUACAUCAGGACUGAAAAACAGAGCCUUUGCUUUCGCUUUCGCCAGCACUCCUUUUAUCUGCACUGCCUUUACUGCUCCUUUGGCUGGUCAGUCCUUUGUCCGCCAUACCGGUUGGCGCUGGGGCUACGGUGUCUUCGCUAUCGUGGUUCCAGUUACUAUCUCACCUCUUGCCGUGGUUUUCAAAUUCUACGAGCGAAAGGCUGCCAGCAUGGGCAUUUACAAACGAGAGCCUAGUGGCCGGACUAUUAUGCAAUCUGUUGUUCAUUAUAUCAUCGAGUUCGAUCUCAUCGGUGCACUUAUCUUGAUGGCCGCUUGGAUCCUUAUACUGUUGCCAUUCAGCUUACAAACCUACGGUCGAGCCCAGUAUAAAUCUGCAGCCUUCAUUGCUGAAAUUGUCGUUGGGUUCUGCCUUCUUUUCGUCUUUGCCGCGUGGGAGAAGUGGUUCGCUCGCAUCCACUUUGUCCGUUACGAGCUGCUCAAGUCGCGCACAGUUUUGGGAGCUUGCGGCAUGGCUGUUCUUACUUACUUCAGCUUCUACUGCUGGGAACAAUAUUUCCAACAGUUCUGUAUUGUCGUGUACGACCUGAGUGAGUCGAUGGGAGGUUACAUGAUGCAGAUAUACAACGUCGGCUCUUGCUUCUGGGGUGUUGUCUUCGGACUGUGGGUUCUCUGGGCCAAACAUUUCAAGCACGCCUGCCUGUUCUUUGGCGUUCCCCUCAUGCUUUUAGGUGCCGGGCUGAUGAUCCACUUCCGUGGUGAAGGCGGCGGCGAUAUUGGCUAUGUGAUCAUGUGUCAAAUCUUUAUCGCUUUCGGGGGCGGCACCAUUGUCAUCGGUAACCAAAUGGCCGUCAUGGCCUCCGCUGAUCGUGAGGGUGUGCCCAUGAUGCUGGCACUGUUGGGUCUAUUCAACAGCCUAGGUGGUGCCGUCGGAUUCGCUGUGGCCGCAGCCAUCUACAACAACGUCUGGCUCGAUACUCUCAUCUCCCAUCUACCCAAUGAUCUGCUGCCGAAAGCCAACGAAAUCUACCUGGAUGGUUAUCAGGGUCAGAUUCUGUACCCUAUGGGAGGUGCGGGGCGUAAUGCUAUCAAUCUCGCCUGGGGUCGUACUCAGAUGUACGGGUCGAUUGCCGCCACAUGCCUUCUUGCUUUGGGUAUUCCUUGCGUUGCCAUUUGGAAGAACUACAAUGUGGACAAGAAGCAGAACAAAGGCACUGUGCUCUAAACCCUGAUUAAAAUAAGUUUUUCCCCUCACGCAAAAAUUUAGAAGAAAACUAGCCCAUUUAUCUCAUCUCGGACACCUAUAUGUUAUGUUAUGUAUAAAAUUGAGUAAUUGAUGGAUUAGAACGGUUAGCAGGAAACAUUGGGGGAUAGAGCAAGA